AUGGACAUUAGGUCUGGUUCUGACUUUAGUCCAAACACCAGAACUCCGCAGGGACCAGGAAGCAGCAGGGACCAGGACACGGCAGGGACCAGGAAGCAGCAGGGACCAGGACACGGCAGGGACCAGGACACAGCAGGGACAAGGAAGCAGCAGGGACCAGGACACGGCAGGGACAAGGACACGGCAGGGACAAGGACACGGCAGGGACAAGGACACGGCAGGGACAAGGACACGGCAGGGACAAGGACGCAGCAGGGACCAGGACACGGCAGGGACAAGGACGCAGCAGGGACCAGGACACGGCAGGGACAAGGACACGGCAGGGACAAGGACGCAGCAGGGACCAGGACACGGCAGGGACAAGGACGCAGCAGGGACCAGGACACGGCAGGGACAAGGACGCAGCAGGGACCAGGACACGGCAGGGACAAGGACGCAGCAGGGACCAGGACACGGCAGGGACAAGGACGCAGCAGGGACAAGGACACGGCAGGGACAAGGACGCAGCAGGGACCAGGACGCAGCAGGGACCAGGACGCAGCAGGGACCAGGACGCAGCAGGGACAAGGACACGGCAGGGACAAGGACGCAGCAGGGACCAGGACGCAGCAGGGACCAGGGACAAGCUGCUAUGAACAAAACCGCAGCUGA